CUUUACAAAUUACAAUCAAGAAUCAAUCAGUUUCAGAGUGCAAUUUAUUUCAAUAAUUUAAUUGAUUUGUACAUCGAAACGUGAUCGAAGCUAUACAUUCAUUAACAAAUGAAGACAAUUAGAAGUAAUCGUGUGGCAGUAAUUGAAUAACAUGGUUAAUGUAAUUAUUUCAAGAAUUCCGCAAGAAUUGGAAAAAUCACGACGCGGCGCCGGGAUGUCGAUCGAUCUGUAAAAUGUUAAGUUUCAAAUCUCAUGUCAAUAGCCCCAAUUCACCAGUCAUGGGAAGCAGUGUCUUUUGUUAGGUUCAUACACUUUUUAAAGAAAGCAAUCCUAAGAUGCAAGAAGGAAUUCCACGUCAACUAUUACAAUCCUGAGGAAGAAGGUUUUAUGGUGAUGUCCUUCAGUACAACAUGGGAGAAAGCUCGAAAAGUCAGAAAAACAUUAAACGGCUUUGUGUACAUUCAUAAACAUAACCAGUAUCCUCUUGCUUGUUGGUUGGAGAAUUUGGACGAAGAUGUCAUUGAAAUUAAGCCUCCUAAGCAUUAUACACCAAUUGUACCAGUUUACAGCAGCAAAAAAGGCAACGAAAAUCAAUAUGCACCCCAAAAUCAACAUGAUGACAACAGAGAAGAUAACAAGGAACAUUAUGAGCCAGCUCCAAAAAACGCUCAUUAUUCUGGAAGUCCAGUACAGACCAGGUCUAGGUCGCGAUCACGUGGCCCUGAUCAUUCCAGUGACCUCAAUGCUUUAGAGACGGAGUUGGUUAGACAGCAGAGGAUCAAGAUGGAGGAAGAGACCAAGUUGUUUGCUUUGGAGAAGAAAAAGUUGGAGUACCUCAAGCAACUUGGACCGAAUGAUUACGAGAAAUUCAAAAAAUUUGAAGAAGUAUACAGACGCGACGACCCGCGAGAGAUUUCGGAAUUUCUUGAAUCAGGUCAAUCGACAGGUCAACCGGAACCCGUUCCUGCUCCAGAGAAACAAAAGUUGCCUUGUUACGUGGGGUGUUGCAGAACUGUUGUCUGUCAAAUGAGGGACCUGAUCGAUUCGCACAAAGACAUAGAUUCAUCGAACCGCCCUUUGUUGUACAACCUCCUGACUACUGCACUGAAAAAGCGUUUCACGAUUGCUAUGGAGGACAAGCCGAGAUUAUUAAAGAGUCGGUUUUACUUGGAGGUCUAUAGAGAAAAACAUCCCUUUCACACUGACGUUCAAUUGGUGGACGAACUCGUCAAUAAAAUCAAGACGAGUCGCUGGCCUUCGAACCCGCCGAGCAAUGAGACCUUGGAUGUUGCAGUUAAAUGCGACGAAAGUCCAUCUACAGGGGGCCAGAACCAAGCAGUGACCAAGGUUACCGAAGUGGCGAUUCGCUCGCCGGAGGAAGCAAUGCUGCGGCGGCAGAUCAAGAAGCUGUUCAAGAUCGCCAAGAGGUCAGGCCUGCCCGACGACUGGGCCGCCUACACUGAGGCCAAAACACAACUCAUUCCAUUUUUUGAUAAAGCUCACGACAAAAGUGCGACAAAGUCAGGUGAUGAUCAAAAUGCUACAAAGGAAGGAGAAAUAACUGAAAAGAAUGUUGAAACUUUGGAAGAUGUGGAGUCAAAUUUAAUCGAUGAUAUACCUGAUGACGAUUUAGAAGAUUUCUGAGUAAUAUAUAUGUAUAUAAUAGGUAUUAAUGAUAAGCAUUUAGAAAGGGAAAAAAUGGGAUUUCCCAAAAAACUCAAAUUGGAUAUGGACAUCCCAUACAUUUUAGUUUUCGAAGCAUAAGUUUGUUGAAAGAGAAUAGACCCAGGCAAUUUUAAUACUGUCAUAAUUUUUUGUCAUUUCAUUAAUUUAUUUUAUUUAUAAAGUUCAUUUUGAGUUGUAGUAAUGAAACUCCAUUUUAGUGUUGUUCAAUUUAAUGAUAUAAAUUACAUUACAUUUAGAAUGUACACGAUUUAAUAAAGCAACACUAAUUUAUGUUAAUACCAUACAAUAUUCAUUGUAAUCUUAGUUAUAAGCAAAUUAAAGUAUCAUU